AUGACCAGAUCCACCUUCGAUUAUGUUUGUGAGCGCCUGCGAUCAACUCUGUCACGAGAAAAGACAAGUCUGCGGCGGCCCAUAACAGUGCAGAAAAGCGUUGGAGUUGGAGUGUAUUGGCUAGCAACAGGUGCGUGCUAUCGUACGAUAGCUAACUUGUUCGGCAUAGCCAAGUCUACAGUCUGCUCCAUUGUACACGAGUUCUGCGAAGCAGUUCGCCGUGUCCUCAUGCCCCAGUACAUAAAACUGCCCAAAGGGGAUGACCUACAAGAGGUCAUUGAAGGCUUCCAGCAGAGAUGGGGUUUCCCGCAGUGUGGAGGAGCUAUUGAUGGGAGUCAUAUCCCCAUCAUUGCUCCAGAGGAUAACCACGCAGAGUAUUUCAACCGCAAAGGGUGGCACUCAGUUCUGCUCCAGGGUGUCGUGGAUCAUCGGUUUUGCUUCACCAACAUCUAUGCUGGAUGGCCAGGGAGUGUUCAUGAUGCGAGGGUACUCCGGAAUUCCCAUGUGUACUCACUCGCAGAGAGGGGAGCUUUUUCCACCAGUGAGUAA